GAUUUUUAAUAAUUCUCAAAUAUUUAAAUCAUCCCUGACUAAAAAGUAAUUUUGAAGAAGGAAAAACGUAUCUGGCAGUUCGUAUAAUUAGUUUUAAGUGAUAUAUUUGUUGUUAAUAGUGUUGUUAUUGAGAGAAUUAUGGUUGAGAAAAAGGCUGUACAGAAGCCCGCUGGGGAUGCACCAAAAAAGGUGCACAAACCAGGAAAACCUAGAAACUAUGAUUUGGGAAAUGGAGUACUCAGAUUCUCUAGGUCUAAAAUGUUCCACAAAAAAGCAUUAUACAAAUUCGUUGGCAAGAAAGUAGAAGCUACCAAGAAACCUCAAAAGCCCCAGGUUAUUGAAAAACCAAUUGGUGGAGAGAAAAAUGGAGGAAAGAGAUUUGUUUUGGUCAAGAAACGUAGAGCAUCCUAUCCUACCCAAGACAAAAUUAAGGCCAGGCCAGCUAGGAGAACAUUUAGCCAACACACGAGGUCUAUUAGAAAUACAAUCACUCCAGGAACAGUUCUCAUCCUUUUAGCUGGUUCUCACAAAGGAAAGAGGGUUGUAUUCCUUAAACAACUGUACUCUGGUCUACUUUUGGUAACUGGACCUUUUGGAAUUAAUGCCUGUCCAUUGAGACGUAUUAGCCAACGUUAUGUAAUUGCUACAUCUACCAAAAUUGACGUUAGUGGAGUACAGCUGCCAGAAAACCUAAAUGAUGAAUAUUUUGCAAGAAAGAGGCAGAAGAGAUCAAAGAAAGAAGAAGGUGAUAUUUUCCAAUCCAAAAAAGAAGGUUACAAAGUAAGCGAAGAUAGGAAAGCUGACCAAAAGAAAGUAGAUACACAAGUUCUGGCUGCAAUCAAGAAGCAAUCAGACCGCAAAGUACUUUUAGCUUAUUUGUCAGCCAUGUGGGGACUCAGAUCAUCACAGUACCCACACAGAUUGAAGUUUUAGAUAAGAGAUACCAUAAAUUGUUUAUCUUUUGACUUGUAUAGAGAGGAAAGUGAUAAAUAAAUUAUGGAUUUAUAAAUGAGGUUUUUUUAUGUGACUGUUGUUAUAAUACAAUAAUUUAAUUCUU